UUGUUAUAUUGUCUUUACUGCACUAUCCAUGUCGGCGACGAACUCGCCCGCGCCCAACUCACAUUCAGCAUCUCCAGCGCCAGGCCAAACCGUGCGUCAUGCGGUCACCCCGCUUGAUCAUCAGCGCGUUCAACUUGAGCGGCUUCUCAAGGAUCCGAGCAAACCAGCUUACAUUCCACCUCCACCGAAGGAGAAAACCAUUCGUGCGGCGAGGGAAAUGAUGAAGAACGUGCAAGGAUCGAGCGCAGGAGCCGGAAGCGGCGAAUUUCAUGUAUAUAAGGCUAGUCGUAGACGAGAGUACGAACGGCUGAAACUAAUGGAGGAAGCUACAAGAAAGGAGACUGAAGAAGCCGAGUUCGAAAAGAAGAGGAAAGAGGCAGAGGCGCUUGCUGAAGCUAAGACUGCUAAGAAUCGUGCUAGAAGACAGAAGAAGAAAGAACGAAUGAAGGCUAAGUCGGCCGAAAAGAACACUGACGGUGACGAUCACGGCGGAAUGGACGAUACCGCGGAAGCACCUGUCAAAAAGCGUCGGAUUGUCAAUGGGACAGAAUUAGUAUUCAGGAAACCGGGGGAAGAGAGUGACGAGGAUGAGGAGCUUGCGAACGCUGAGCAACAAGUUGUUGAAGCAGUCUUCGCGAAUCUCGAAGCAGCGUCAGAGGCACGCUUGAUAUCAUCAGAACAGAAAAUUAUAAUUCACGAAGAUGAUUGACAUUCCUACAUUCGUUUGAUCGUCUUGUACUAUAUCAUGGGCACCGUGAAGGUUUCUCCACUAUGACGUGUAUUAAUUAGUCUCAUUAGCUACGCGUCUCGACGCGGGUGUCGUGACUCGUCCAC